UUUGAGCUGAUAGAAUGUGUGGCGUGUUUGUUCUGGUUAUUUUACUCUAGUAUCCGGGUUGGCGGAGAAGCGGAGGGAGUGACCUCCGUAGAUUUCGAGAGUAGUGAAGCCGCACGAGCAAGAAAGUGGUUAGGUAGUUCUUCUGGCUGUGUAACUAUGGAAAUAUGACAGAGAGCGACCGACGUGGAUACAGAGGCAGAAGGACGGAGAAAUAUGGAUACGGCAUAUUUCACAUUGUGUUUAUUUGUAUUUUAAUUCAAUAACGAUAACAACGUUAUUUUGACUUAUGAAAUAUAUUAAUAUAUAAAUAUUCACUUCGUCCAGUUUAAAUAAUGGAGAAGGCGGCGUUCAGCAGCUCGCAUCCCGUGACUAAUAAAACAAGCUCGGGGUCUUCGUCAUCCUCAGAGCGAGGAAAUUCUACGAGGAAGACUGGGAGAAGCGGAUCUCAGAGCCCCGGCUCGGGAUCGGUUGGCAGCCCUGUCGGAGGUGCUAGCAGCCGGUCUGGGGGAUUGGGGAACAGCGGCGGUGUCCGGCAACAGCACAGGCAGCAGCUGGAAGGAGUGUUGAGUAAAUACACAAACCUGCUUCAGGGGUGGCAGAACAGGUACUUUGUAUUGGAUAUGGAGUCCGGGCUGCUGCAGUAUUUUGUGAAUGAGCCCAGCAAGAGCCAGAAGCCAAGAGGAGUCCUGCCUUUAACUGGGGCCACUGUCUCUCUCAGUGAUGAAGCCCCUCACAUGUUCAUAGUAUACGCUACCAAUGGAGAGCUCUACAAACUCAGAGCUGCUGAUGCCAAGGAGCAACAGUACUGGAUAAACCAGCUGCAGGCCUAUGUGAAGUCCCACUCUGAAGGGAAUGCCAAGAUAAGAAAAUUGAAGGAAUCCGAUGAAAACCUCUGUCUGGAGAAGACUGGUAGCAGCCAAGAUGGGCUGAGCAACGCGGCUGCCAGGACCAGAAGCUUCUCUCUGCUCCCGCACGGCGGCUCCAACUCUGCAUCGCCGAGCAGCCAGAGGCACCUGUCUCACAGUGGCGGGCAGAGCAUCGUCACCAUCACUCACCACAAGUCUCCCGCGGCAGCAAGGAGAGCCAAGAACCAGUAUCCAGGAGGGCUCCUCGAAGUCAAAGAGAUAAUGAGCCAGAUAGAGGGCCAGCAGAAGAACCUUGUGCACUCUAUCGAGUCUCUCCCAACUAGAGGAUCUCUGUCAGCCUUGGAUCAGGACCUGCUGCUCCUCAAAGCUACCUCAGCUGCUGCGCUCAGCUGCCUUGGGGAAUGCCUGAAUAUCCUGCAGCAGAACGUGAGCAGUGUGACCCAGCAAAGCAAGCCACUGCCUACAGAAAUUGUUCCUGGGUGGCCUGGGCCGAAGUCCAGCUCUGCUGAGCAGCUAAAGAACGGUGGCUUGACUCCUUUACCUUCUACCAGUGCCAGUCUAUCCUGGUCGGCCGAACCUUCCCCUUCUCAGACCAGCAAAGGACUACAGCACAGCUUGGAGCACCCAGGUCCAGAGGUGAUCAAUCUGAAUGAGGAGGUGACCGACACAGAGGAUAAUGAAGAGGAGGAUCUAGGAGUCAUGGACGACCAGCGAAGCAUCAUCCUUCAUCUCCUCUCCCAGCUCAAGCUGGGGAUGGACCUCACCAGGGUUGUACUUCCCACCUUCAUCCUGGAGAAGAGGUCCCUGCUGGAGAUGUACGCUAAUUUCAUGGCGCACCCGGACAUGUUCGUCACCAUCAUGGCCGGUUCCAACCCCGAGGACAGGAUCAUCCGCUUCGUGGAGUACUACCUGACCGCUUUCCAUGAGGGCCGCAAGGGUGCCGUGGCCAAGAAACCCUACAACCCCAUCAUCGGUGAGACCUUCCAUUGCUCCUGGGACGUGCCUAAAGACAAAGUCAAACCCCUGAGGACUUACAACACGUCUGCCAUCCUCAAGGACCAGGCCAAAAUCCAGGCCCCAGAGUCUUGCAGGGACCAGGCUGACUGCUACAAAGUGCGCUUUGUGGCGGAGCAAGUGUCCCAUCAUCCACCUGUGUCAGGGUUUUACUGCGAGUGCAAGGAGAGGCAAAUGUGUGUGAACGCACACGUCUGGACCAAGAGCAAGUUCAUGGGGAUGUCCAUAGGUGUGUCCAUGGUUGGGGAAGGUGUUCUUUGCCUUAUGGAGCAUGACGAGGAAUAUGUUUUCACGCUGCCUUGCGCCUAUGCACGCUCGAUACUCACUAUUCCUUGGGUAGAGCUGGGGGGCAAAGUCACAAUCAACUGUGCCAAGACUGGCUAUUCAGCCACCGUCACAUUCCACACUAAACCUUUCUAUGGAGGAAAAGUCCACAGAGUGACAGCUGAAGUCAAACACAACCCUACCAACACCAUCGUGUGUAAAGCACAGGGGGAGUGGAAUGGAACCCUGGAGUUCACCUAUAGCAGCGGAGAGACCAAAGUGAUUGACACCACCAAGCUGCCAAUCAUCCGGAAGAAAAUCAGGCCAGUGGAGAAACAGGGGCCAUAUGAGUCAAGACGCCUGUGGCAGCAUGUCACCACUGCACUGAAGGACAGGAACAUUGACACGGCUACCGAGCACAAACGCAUCCUGGAGGAGAGGCAGCGGGCCGAGGAGAGGCAGAGAGCAGCCGCCAACAUGGCCUGGAAGCCCAAAUACUUUAUAAAAGAGGGAGAAGGCUGGGUGUACCAUAGUCCACUCUGGAAAACACAAUGAUGAGAGUCCAUCAAUAAAACAGCCAGGCCAGCUACAGGAGCCAUCUGGAGAAAAGACAACAAACUACUGGAUACAGAAAAGUCAGAUACAACCCUGUGAAUAGUGAGGAAUUGGAUGAAGGCAGCAAGCUCCAGAUGUCUUCUAAGAAAAGAGCCAUCCUUGUAUAUACACUCCUAGUAUAAAACAGCGAUAACUUUCAGGGGGUUUAGGGUGGGUGGGAGAGACCAUUUUUAUUAUUACAAGUAGUAUAUUUCUAUUUUUCACUUUGCCAAUAUCUCUUUUGCACUUGUACAAAGUGAUUUAGCCAUUGGCGUUUCUUUUCCUCCCUCUUCUUCCUCUUCACACCAUUUACUGUAUUAUACAACUCAUCCUGCCAAUGCAAAGCUAGUGUACCUCCUUUAGGUUGUGAGAAUGUUCUCCGCAGCAGCAUGAAUCCCGUCCCUUCCAAGAGCAGCAACACAGAACCGCUGUAGUGUGCUGCGGGAACGCAGCAGUGUUACGUUGCAAACAUCUUGUUUUGGAUUCCAAAGAACUUUCAGUUCUGCCUUUUUGUGUUUGUGUGUUUCUGUUGCACAUUGUUUAUGUUAAUAUUCAGUAUGUGUCUUGCCUUAUGAUUUAUGUUUCUUUCUGCCGAUCAGUAACACCAAAUGAAUACCUGGAUUAUUGUAAUGUAAGUGUCUUCGGUUUCAUUCAUUUGCUUUGUAGUCUUAAGGGGCUUCACAUUGAUGUAUUGAGCUUUCCUGGUGUUUACACAUGGAAAAAAAAAUGCUGAUAAAUCCCACACUGUACUGUGCUUAACAGCCCUCCAAACACUGCCUCCUAUUCUUUAGCCGUGGUAUUGUCUACAGAAAUUUAUUUUGGGGCACACAGAGAUUACUCGGCAUCAGUUUGCUUGCUUUUUUGUUUCAUGGAGACAAAUUCAUAUGGCUUCCAAUAUAAUUUCUAGUUAUUUUUUAACAAAUUGUCCAGUUAUACUGAUACAUUUCCAAAAUAUGGCCACAUAUUUAGAAUUGAAUGACUUCCAGUUGGAUAGGAGGGGAAGAAGGAAUCUUUAUACAUAUGUCAUUUUAGCUGUAGGUGAUCCUGUUUAUUAUAUUACCACUCAGUGAGCCACAUAUUCAUACUCCUGUAAUUACAUUCAGCAUUAGGAGGUUAUAAGAUACAUAUUCAUGUUAUAAAUCAUGAACAAAAACAAGGGGUUAUAUACUGAUAAUCAAAUGAGUCAUUGCAUUUAAAUGUGUUAUUCACAGAUAUACCAGAUUGACAACUGCUGUGAAUUACCCUAUUUAAUUAUAUGACCACCACCUACAUCGUUUGAUGUUUCCUUGGCCUACGGAAAAGAACAAAUACCAAUAUUAGAUUCCGGUUUUUCAAAACAGUAAACUGUAAAACAGUGUUAUGUUCUCCCUGGGAAGCAUGUGAUGAAAAAUUGACAAUUAAAUAUUCUUGCAAUUAUCAUUGCUGGUACUAAUGAGACCUGCAUGUCUCAAUUUGUCUUAACAGGUAGAAAUGGCAAGUGUAGCAUUUCUUCUUCCUUAUGGAAUGUUGUCCCUCACUACACAAUGGUGCACUUGUGAAAUGUUGGCCCUCAUGUUCCAGAUGUCCAGAGCUAUAUAUGCCAUUAGAAGUAAAUUAAAAAACAAAUGCAUGCAGGAAUAAAAUGUGUGUGGAACUACAAUUUGUUUAGUUGCAGUACCACCAUUUACUAACAUUGGAAUUUGCCUUCCUGUUAGGUGGUCAGUCAAAAAUCUUUAAACAUUAAUCUGACAAGGUAUUUAGAAGUACUUAAAAGAAAGUAGAAUAUUAGACAUUAUGUUUCAACGAGAAGUCAUUGUUAAUAUCUUCAUGUAGACACAUGUUGAAAUAUUGUCUUAUGAUUUUAUUCAGCUUCUUUUAUUUGAAAAGAUAGUAUGUGUCUUUGUAUGCUCUAGUUCAACACUUGUACUUGCACUUAAUUGAUAAUACAUAAAAGAUCACCAACCUGCAAGCUAAAAGCACUGUCUCUGUAAAAUAUCAUUAUAAUAAACCUAAAAAUUAGACACAGUGUGUGGCUUUGCAAAAAGUAAUAUUUAGAAAAACUAAAAUAAACUAUAAAUUGUAUGUCUUCAAAAAGAUUUAUAGUCAAACUUUUGUCAUUGAAUUUACAAAGGUGUUUUUUUUUUUUUUUUUUUUUUAGCAUAUUUUUAAAUGUAUCACUAUGGAGAAUGUAUGGAUUAAAAAAACUAUUACUAUUCUAGCGUUGUUGGUUUUGUAAUUUAAUUUUAAAGUACAAAUAUAAUUAAUAACCUAUUCUUUGGCUAAAUUUUUCUUUGAAAUCAUUAUCUUGGCAAGCUCAAUAGUGGACAUUUGUAAUUUGCCCUACCUUAAGUGUUUUCUUUUUGUUUUGUUUUCUUUUUGUUUUGUUUUACAUUGUCCAGAAUAGAUGGGAAAUUGAGUGAAUAAUAAAUCUUGGGUUUGUCCUCUUGAUCCAAAUGUCUGAUUUAAAGCAUUGUCCUUUUCUGUAUUUGUCACUCUGUGUGCAGGUAAAACGCCACUUUUGAAUGUAUGUGUACACUACGAUCAGCUUUGCAGUGUAUUCAAAAGCUUGAACCAAACUCUGUGUUCACAUGUGUAGAACCUAUGCAACACUUAUUUGUUACACAAUAGUUUAUAAGUUAUUUUGUUAAAAUAAAUUUGCCAUGGCGAUCACAUUUUCAGGUGUCCUGUGAUUUACCAUCAAACCAGUGUUAUUAAAGAUGAUUAUUUUCCUUAA